UUAUUUUAAUAUUUCUUGAUAUACAAGAAAAACUUAUAACAAAAUGUAUAGUAGUUAUUCAGCAUCAAGAUUAGAAAAAAAGUAUGUGGAGAAGCAUAGAAGGAACAAUAUGAAGAUCCUCUUUAACCACCUUUAUUCCCUACUCCCACCUCAUCCCUCUCAGUUGCAGGAAGCAAUGGGAUUGCCAGGUCAAAUAGAUGCAUCAAUAACUUGCAUAAAAAACUUGGAAAUCAAAUUGGAGAAGAGCAAAAUGCAAUUGGAAAAAUUAAGGACUAAAAAGAGGUCCAAUUUAUUAUCACCUCAGAUUGAAGUACAAGAAAUGAGCCCAACAAUGGACUUAAUUUUGAUUACUGGCCUUGAUAAAUUAUCUAUGUUUUAUAACAUAAUUAGGUUACUCAAUGAGGAAGGUUUUGAAGUAAUAGAUUCAAGCUUUUCACUUCAUGGGAACUCUAAGAUGCAAAUUUUCCAUGAAACUAAGGUUAUUGGGAACUCAACAAUGGUGUAUAGAAAAGUGAAGGAAUUGCUUAAUGGAUCUUCUUCAAGUGAUGAUAUUAUUGAAACCCUACUAAAUUCAUGGGACAAUCAGAUUUAUUCUGAAAUGUUAGAGUUAAUUAAUUUGACGUAAUAAAUUUAUUACCAACAUAAUUCACUAUUUGUAGCGUGAAGUUAAACUUUACAAUAAGUCAUAUUAGUACACUUAUUAGACACAAAAAGUAAAGGCUAUUUGUAACAAUUUUUUUGAUGCUAUGAGGC